CUAAAAUGAAAUGUUUUUGUUUAGGCAAGUAAAUUAUAUUGAACUUUUGCUCUGUAUCUGAUCCUAAAAAGAAUUUAUUAAUUUAUGAACUGUAUUAAAAAAGUGGUCUGAUACCUAGAUAGAAUGAACAUUGCAGUCAGAAAAAUUAGUCACUUAUGUAUAAGAGCAAGCGUUAUAGUCUAAUUUUAAUUCUAUGGUCAAUAUUAAGUUUGGACUUCGUCCUUGGUGCUGACUCAUCAUUGAACCUCAAAGACAUUUGUGAAAUCAGUACUGAGAGAUACCCUAAUGAGGACCACAACAUAAAUGAGAUUCUGCAGACUUAUAAAACCUGUUCCCAAAAAAUAGAUCAAUAUUCUGGUGUAACCAAAGAUGUCUUAUUGAGACAACUAAUUAAUAAGCUUGAUUGUUUUAAAGAAGACCUUAAACAGUUGUAUUACGAAGGGAACCUCAGGUACAAAGAUGUCCAGCUGGUGGAGCACAUGGAGCAAGAAUUGCAAAAUAAAGGAGAGGUGAAUUUACGACUCGGGGACAUUCGUAGGAGCCUAAUCAAGUGCAACAUUGCCAGACAAGUCAGAUCAACUGUCAAGCAUAUUAUACCAUUAGUGGUCACCGGGACAGCAUCGGAAAAACGAAGAGCAUGUGAGGCAAUUUUGAAACAAGGCAAAGAUGGGAACAUAACACAGUUGUUAGACAUUCCGACACCAAAGCUUGAUAGUAACAAGGAGCCAACAGAGUUGACUGUGCCACUCAAUGUGACGAAUCCAGCAACCUACAAAGUCGACAGUCCGGAUGCAGACAACGUAUUGACUCAGUAUUACAAAGUGGUUAUGAAAUGUUUGACUCUAACUACAGAGCAUAAAAUUCAAGUUUUUAAAUUUAACAAGAAAUUUUAUGACUGGCUAUCUCAGGCUGUACUCCUUCAUCUGAAAGAUAACAAAUGCUAUCCAGCCUUUGGUGGUGUUUUGAGAAUUGUUGAAACUAUAAGAGAGAAUGAUUUUGUCCCGAAGAAUGCUACUGCCAAUUUCAUUUUCUACGGGCAGAAAAACUUGGGAGUGAAGGAAGAAGAAAAACUGAAAAAAGAAGAGCAUCCAGGAAAAAUCAUUCACUUGUCUUCCUUCUAUUUGAUGUUUAUCCCUUGGCUAAUAUUUAUAUGUUUGUCUGUUGCAUAUCUGACAUGGACGUCGAGAAGGGAACAAUGUUUAAGUUGGUAUGAACCUGUUUACUAUGUACUUGUCAAAAGGUGUUGUGCGAAGGAUAAUGGUAGUUGCGAUAGUUCAACAGAAUUUGAGGUGAAUAUUGUGAUAUUUUUUGAGAACGACCACUUAGUAACAGAAAACUUUCCAAUAACUUUGAAGCGAUCCUGAUUGUUCCCUCAUCAUUUCCCUGAUGGUUCAACUCUGUGAUAUGAUCGUACAUGUCAAGAAGCUGAGGCUGUGGAGAAUUCUCAGAACACUUAACUGAGUUAUCCUUGAGUGCUGAAGUGAAAUAAGUUGGUGUUUCUGAAAUAUUGUGCUAAUCCUUAUUUUGUAUCAAAUAUAUUGUGUUAUUAAUCAAUAGA